GAAGAAGAAAUUUAUGAUAGUUGUAAUUAUUUAAUUUGGAUUUAGAUUUUUAAAUUACAGGGUAGUGUUCACUUUGAAGUUGCCCUGGCUCCUGCUGCUAAGGACAAGUUUAAUUUAUUACCCUACUGGGAAAGUAAACUAAUCGCCAUUAUUAAAAGCUAAUAGAAGCAGAGCACCCGCUCCAUCUGCUCUGCUGGGAGUGUGCUGUGUGUAAUAGCUGCUACAGCAGAACCAAACAAAAUGGCUGCCGACUUUUAGAUCACGGAUUUACAAGUCCUCUACUCCUCCACACAUUCCCAUAUUCCUCUUCUCUCUUUCUAAAUUCCCAUCUGCAGAGAGAGAGAGAGAGAGGGAGAUUGGAAGAUGGAGAUUAACUCGGUCUCCAAGCUGCUCAUUUUGUUCUGCAUGUCCUUGUUUGUGGGUUCCCAGUUGAUCCAUUGUGGGGUUACUUACGACAGGAAGGCCAUUCUCAUCAAUGGGAAGCGGAGAAUCCUCAUCUCUGGUUCCAUUCAUUACCCAAGAAGCACCCCUGAUAUGUGGGGAGAUCUCAUAGACAAGGCUAAGCGCGGGGGUUUAGAUGUUAUCGAGACUUAUGUGUUUUGGGACGGUCACGAACCUUCUCCUGGCAAAUAUAAUUUUGAAGGGAGAUACGAUCUGGUGCGGUUCAUUAAGACAGUGCAGAAAGCAGGCCUCUACGCUCAUCUCCGCAUUGGGCCUUAUGUUUGUGCAGAGUGGAAUCUUGGAGGAUUUCCUGUUUGGUUGAAGUAUGUUCCUGGAAUCAGCUUCAGAACCGAUAAUGAACCUUUCAAGAGGGCAAUGCAAGGGUUCACUGAGAAAAUCGUUGAGAUGAUGAAGAGUGAAAAACUUUAUGCAUCCCAAGGUGGCCCUAUCAUCCUCUCUCAGAUUGAAAAUGAGUACGGGUCGGAGAGUAAGGCGCUAGGAGCUGCUGGGUAUAAAUACGUAACUUGGGCUGCAAGUAUGGCUGUUGGAUUGGAUACAGGAGUCCCAUGGGUGAUGUGCAAAGAGGAUGAUGCCCCUGACCCAGUGAUAAAUGCAUGUAAUGGAUUUUACUGUGAUGCUUUCUCUCCCAACAAACCCUACAAGCCCAAAAUGUGGACUGAGGCUUGGAGUGGCUGGUUUAAUGAGUUUGGUGGCACAAAACAUCACCGACCUGUUCAAGAUUUGGCAUUUGCAGUUGCUCGUUUCAUACAAACGGGUGGAUCAUUCAUUAAUUAUUACAUGUACCAUGGUGGAACCAACUUUGGGCGUUCUUCUGGAGGCCCUUUCAUCACAACCAGCUACGAUUAUGAUGCUCCUAUUGAUGAAUAUGGUCUAAUCAGGCAACCUAAAUAUGGUCAUUUGAAAGAGCUCCACAGAGCUAUUAAGUUAUGUGAAGAGGCCUUGGUUUCUUCAGAUCCUACAGUUACUUCACUAGGAAACUACCAGCAGGCUCAUGUAUUUUCUUCAGGAUCUGGAAAGUGUGCAGCUUUUCUCGCAAACUACAAUACAAAAUCAUCUGCAAGGGUGGUGUUCAAUAAUAUGCACUAUGAUUUGUCUCCAUGGUCCAUUAGCAUCCUUCCUGAUUGCAGAAAUGUUGUCUUUAACACUGCCAGAGUUGGAGUUCAAACUUCAAGAACGCAAAUGUUGCCGAGUGGUUCUGAAUUGUUUUCUUGGGAAACUUUUAAUGAAGAUAUUUCUUCUUUAGAGGACAGUUCAAAGAUGACAACUGUUGGACUCCUGGAGCAGAUUAAUGUCACUAGAGAUGUCACAGAUUAUUUGUGGUAUACCACUAGUGUUGACAUUAGUUCAACGGAAUCAUUUCUCCGAGGAGGACAAAAGCCCACUCUCUCUGUGCAGUCAACUGGCCAUGCCCUUCAUGUCUUUAUUAAUGGACAGCUUUCAGGUUCAGCCUUUGGAAGCAAGGAGAGAAGGGGAUUCAGAUUUAGAGGACCCGUCAACUUGCAAGCUGGAAAAAAUAGAAUUGCACUACUUAGCGUAGCUGUUGGAUUACCGAAUGUUGGGCUGCAUUUUGAGACAUGGAAAACAGGAAUUUUAGGUCCAGUUUUGCUGCUUGGUCUGGACCAAGGGAAGAGGGAUUUAUCAUGGUAUAAAUGGUCCUACCAGGUGGGUCUAAAAGGAGAGGCAAUGAACUUGGUUUCCUCUGAUACUACAUCUGUUGAUUGGAUUCAAGGGUCUCUAGCUGCUAAGAACCAGCAACCUUUGACAUGGUAUAAGGCUUAUUUCAAUGCACCUAAAGGUAAUGAACCCCUGGCUUUGGACAUGCGAAGUAUGGGAAAGGGUCAAGCAUGGAUUAAUGGACAAAGCAUAGGAAGAUACUGGAUGGCUUAUGCAAAGGGUGACUGUAGCGUUUGUAGUUACCCUGGGACAUAUCGCCCUCAAAAUUGCCAAGCUGGUUGUGGCAAACCAACUCAAAGAUGGUAUCAUGUUCCAAGGUCUUGGUUGAAGCCAACAAAAAAUUUGUUUAUAGCAUUUGAAGAGCUUGGUGGGGAUGCCUCAAAAAUCUCCCUUGUGAGGAGAUCAGUGACGGGUGUUUGCGCCGAUGCAGAUGAGCACCGUCCAACUGUUGAAGGUUGGCGUACCGGGAGCUAUGGCGAGUCAAAAAUGCUUCAUCAGACCAAGGUUCACCUGCGCUGUGCAAAAGGGCAGUCCAUAUCAGCUAUCACAUUUGCAAGUUUUGGAACCCCUUCAGGAAGUUGUGGAAGCUUCCAAAAGGGAACCUGCGAUGCACCGAACUCUCACGCCAUUGUAGAGAAGGCAUGCAUAGGGCAGGCUUAUUGCUCAGUUUCCGUGUCCAACAAUUACUUCGGGGCAGACCCUUGUCCCAACAAGCUAAAGCGCUUAUCGGUUGAAGCUGUAUGUUCCCCCAUGCAACAUCAAACUCCUAAAUUCACCAAUUCAACACGAUGAAAUGGCAGGAAAAAAAGCAUUCCAAAAAGUUAUCAUCAAAACUAUCGUCAUUUGUACACAACGGACGCUGCAAAGCAAGGUGUGGAAGGCUGGAAGCCAAUAAAAUGAAAUUAACCAUAGGCAAAAAUCCUUCACUUGUGCAAGCUGCUGUUUUAUUGAUUCAAGGUAUUCUAGAGAUAUAUGUAUAUCUGGUUUUUGGGUG